UGGCAUCAUUCCCGAGGCUGGCGGUGGCAGCCCUGCAGGUUUCACGGACCGACAGUCUGUAUGCUGAGGGAGCCAUGUUGAUGCCUGGUUUUGUGUCAAACGCUUCAUUUUGGAUGGUGAAAGGACUGCGCGGUAAAGACCGGGAGGGGUGAUUCCAGCUCCGCGAUGAGAAGAGGAGCGCCGUCUGGGGUGGUACAGGGAGCGCCAGAGGAGAGCUGCUCUUAGUGGAUUCAAAGCAAGUGAAGUUGAUGCUAGUUAGCUCCAUAGCUAGGUAGCAACAGCUGUGCGGACGCUGCGUGGGAUGCUGCGUGUGGACUAAAACAAUUUAAUCUCCCCUGCUUGUUGCAUUUUUUGCUCAGCUAACGUUUGCCAGACUGUUUUGAAGACUCUGUGCCUGGAGUAACAACGCGGCUGCUGAAUUCAUGCUAGCUCGCUUAAGCUGCCGUUGUGAAGCUAGCUGCUAGCUAACGUUAGCAUGCUGACAAUCAGCUCGCAUCUUCAGUCACGACUAUUUGCUAGCUAACUUAUUGUUACUUUCAGGCAGACUGCCAGUCGUGGAGCACCGUGCCGUGUGUUUAAACCCCUCCAAAACCGAAGUGGAGAUAUGGCGGUACAUCCAGUCUCUGUAGAAAGCUACCAGUUCGCCUGCCCUGCUCGUCAAGGAGCGGCUAACAGGCUAGCAGCAUAACUUUCCUCUCACGGUGUCACCCAGAAGCUGCACUUCCUCGCUAGCCGACCUCGUACCUGAAGCAAGCUGGCGGCCCUCCGAGUAGAAGCCGAGGACAAGGAGCUGGGGCCGAUGGCCUGGGUGCUGAAGAUGGACGACGCCACCAUCGAGUCGGGGCUGGUGCACGACUUCGAUGCCAGCCUGUCCGGCAUCGGGCAGGAGCUGGGGGCAGGAGCCUACAGCAUGAGUGAUGUGCUGGCUCUGCCCAUCUUUAAGCAGGAGGACUCCAACCUUCCCCCUGAAAACGAGACCAAAAAUCCCCCAUUCCAGUAUGUGCUGUGCACCGCCACCUCGCCUGCUGUGAAGCUGCACGACGAGACGCUCACAUACCUAAACCAAGGCCAGUCUUAUGAGGUGCGUAUGUUGGACAACAGGAAGCCAGGGGAGCUACCAGAGCUCAACAACAAGAUGGUGAAGAGCACAGUGCGGGUAGUGUUUCACGACCGUCGUCUGCAGUACACGGAGCACCAGCAGCUGGAGGGCUGGAAGUGGAAUCGUCCUGGCGACCGUCUCCUUGACAUCGAUAUUCCAAUGUCGGUGGGCAUCGUGGAGCCGAAGACUCACCCCUCCCAGCUCAACGCCGCAGAGUUUCUGUGGGACAUGAACAAAAGAACUUCUGUUUUCGUGCAGGUGCACUGCAUCAGCACAGAGUUCACUCCCAGGAAGCACGGCGGGGAGAAGGGCGUCCCCUUCAGGAUCCAGAUCGACACCUUCAACCAGGGAGACAGUGGAGAGUACACAGAGCACCUCCACUCCGCCUCCUGCCAAAUCAAAGUCUUCAAGCCAAAGGGGGCGGAUCGCAAGCAAAAGACUGACAGGGAGAAGAUGGAGAAACGCACACCUCAAGAGAAGGAAAAGUACCAGCCUUCUUAUGAUACCACUAUUCUGUCAGAGACGAGGCUUGAGCCCAUCAUCGAGGAUGCUGGUGACCACGAGCUGAAAAAGUCCAGCAAGCGGACUCUUCCUGCUGACUGUGGCGACUCCUUGGCCAAGAGAGGCAGUUGCUCCCCGUGGCCAGACAACGCCUACACCAGCACCAACCAGGCAGCUACUCCCUCCUUCACCUCCACCCCGCUGUCCACCUACACCACCUCCUCAGUACUGGACAGUGACUCGUCCUCUCCCAAUCACCAGGCAGACCCUGGCAGCCAUGGCAACUCGGAGCAGUUGAGCCCCACUGCCUCCAUACAGGACACGCAGAAGUGGCUACUGAAAAAUCGCUUCAACUCCUACACAAGGCUCUUCUCUCACUUCUCAGGUUCUGAUUUGUUGAAGCUAACCCGGGACGACCUGGUCCAGAUUUGUGGGCCGGCAGAUGGGAUCAGACUCUUCAAUGCACUCAAAUCCAGGUCGGUGCGUCCCAGGUUAACGGUGUACGUCUGUCAGGAGUCGCCUCAGGAGAGCCCCCUGCUGGACAGACACGGCACCAACGAAAACGGAGAACACAGCAUCUCCUCUAGUUUACAUGUGUAUCACGCUCUGUACCUAGAGGAGCUCACGGCUGCAGAACUCAUCCGCAAGAUGGCGUGUGUGUGCAGCGUUCCACUGGGAACGAUCAACCAGGUGUACAGACAGGGUCCUACAGGCAUCCACAUCCUGCUGAGUGACCAGAUGGUUUACAACUUGCCUGACGAGAGCUGUUUUUUGAUCAGCACUGUCAAAGAUGAGUUGGGCGAAGGACUCCAUCUAAUCCUGAAGUAGUGAGGAGGACAGAUGGCAUCACUAAUACUCCACCCUCUGUUCUGGAGCUGAAGCCUCCCUCUGUCCCUCUCUGCCUGCCUCUACUCUUUCCUUCUACGUCCUCCCCGUCUCUCGAAACAGAUCGCUCGACGGAAAAGCGGAGAGACUGCGCUAAAAGCCAUGUAAAUGUUAGAAUCUGACAUGGGUGUGUCCACUGUUUCAUAUUGAAAACACUAUUAACAGAGGAGGGUCGUUCAAAGAAGAGAGACUGGGGGAGGAUCUGGGAUUGGGAGGAAAGUUAACAAUGUUCUAUGUAUUUUUUUUUGAUUUGCUAUUUUAUUUCUUUCGUCUUUUAUAUGGGUUCCGUGUGGAGGAGGGAGGGUGGAGGCUCCAGGAGAGAGGGCUCUGGCCGGCAGGUAGAAGGAAAGAAAGCAGAGUUUCCUUAUUGCUCGUUGCCCUUCCUACACAGCGCACACAACCAGCACUAGGCCAGUAUUUGAUAACCUGUACUGCUGAACAGCAUGCGAUCUCAUACUAACUUGCUUCAAAAGGAGAAAUCCCACCUUUUUACUCUGCUUGUUUAACAUUCUUGAAGGGGUUGUCUUAAUUAACCAUUUACCAAUCAGCUGAGCUUGGUGACCCCCUAAAAUAUCCAGGCUAAAUUUGUGGGAGCUGGCGUCGUUUGUGGAUGCUGACGCCGUGUUUUUGGUUUUGUUUUCUCGUCAGAUGGGCAGAUUUCAUUAACUCUCGUCGCACAGGGUCGUCCUAUGUGACUUUGACUGACAGCCAUAUCAGCUCAGCUCUCCUAACGUUCGUCCUGCGCUUUUGCCAUUUUUAGUCGAUGCUUUAUUUAUGGAUCAGCGGUUUCUAUUGAUCUCAUCGAAUUUACUCGUUUCUGGUGCCAUAUUGGCUUUUUGUUAGCUCGAUCUUUUACUCACAUUUACGCACGGAGCACGCACACUCGAUCUGUCGACUGAACACUGGCUUCUGGUUCUGGAAUUUUUGGCCGCAAAGGUGCAAGAAAAGAUUAAACGGCUUCAGAAUACUGUCUGAAAAACCUACUAUAAAGUGGACCAAACAGGUUUCAGAUUGGUAGCCGUUUUUUUUCUCGGCGAUUAGAAGCAUUAAAAGAAUUGAAGAGAAGUUGAGUUGCUUCUGUGCUAUGGUCAUAAAUCCUCCAUUCCAGAUUCUGCUUUGCAAAAAAAACAAACCCAAGCCAUCCUGCAGCAGGCUGGUAGAAACGCAUCACCUGGUUCCAGCAGUCUUACUUUGUAGACUAGAAAAUCAUGGCAGUACCGCAUCCAUUCUCAGAAUCUUGUGUUUUUAAUGUAGCUGAACACAGGAAGAACAGGUCACGUGUUUCGAGUGCCCUUAUUCUUUGAAAAGUGACAAGACUCCUGGGAGUCGGCAUUGGUUUUAGUUGACCUUUUUAAUUUUGGUACACAGCGUCUGGCAUUUUUGAAGUGCACACGGUUUCCACUUCAACGUGUCGCUGUCAGAAUGUGUGUGCGUGUGCAUGUGUAUCAUUUCUUUUUUUUUCAUUGUUCUUGCAAAAGAGACUUCAUUAUGUCAUAAACUUUUUCCUGUCGGUAUGAAGAAACUGUGUUGUAGCUUGCUAUUUUGUAAAGAGCAUGUGGAAGACGGCGAAAGAUGGAGUUUUUUUGUCAGUGAGUGUAUCCCCUCCUUUUUCCAACUGUUAGAGACCAAGCCUGCACUGAAUAAAUUCACAAAAUUCAAGCUUGAUGUGUAGUCAUAGUCCUACAGCCCCACCCUCUUCUUAUCCGCCUAACGAGAAGGAGAACAAAAAAAAAACAAAACGAGAAUGUUGAGACUAAAGAGCAUCUGUGUUUUUGUCUCACCACACGCCAGAGCCGGGACUGUAGCUCUUGUGGUGUUUACGAGGACAUGAGUACCACAGCACAGGAAAAAAAAACUGUGUCCAUCAACUCAGAAAUUAGCGAGAACGGAGCGGAUGUGAUACGGAGUCGGGCGUCGUGGUCCGCUACAGGCCUGACCGAUCGAGCUGUGUGUCUGUCUGUGAUUGUGUGUGAGUGUGUGAGCAGGAGAGGUGACCACUGUUAAUGUACAGCCUAAUGUCAAUGAUGAUGAUGAUGGUGAUGCUUCUCAUGUGCACAGUAUCAUAUGCUGGAGAUGUACACAACCACCUGUGCUGGGAAUAAAUGAUUUCAUAACUUU